AUGGCUUCCGCCACGCUCCUACCGGCUGCGGCCAACCUCAAGGUCAGCGGGCUGUGCGCGUCCCAGACCCGCCUCGCCUCGUCCGCUGCAUCCCUCGCGGGAUCCAAGCCUCAAGCCCAGACGAGCCGUCGUCGCGUCGCUGCUGCCUCCGCCGCCCGCGCUUCCGCCGCAGCCGACACGUCGGCGGUGCCGCCCGCAUGGCCGGGGCGCGCAGAGGCGCCGGCGAAUCCGCAUGACUGGGCCGAGCCGAAGGCGAUCUCGCUGAUCGGUUCAACCGGGUCUAUUGGCACUCAGACUUUGGACAUAGUGGCGGAGCAUCCCGACAGGUUCAAGGUCGUCGCGCUCGCCGCCGGCUCCAACAUCGCGCUCCUGGCGCAGCAGGUGCGCCAGUUCCAGCCCGCGCUGGUGUCGGUGCAGAACCCCGCGCUGGUGGGGGAGCUCAAGGAGGCGCUCGCGGGGAUGGAGCGCAUGCCGGAGAUCGUGGCGGGGGACUCAGGGAUUGACGAGGUGGCGCGGCAUCCUGACGCGGAGACUGUGGUCACGGGCAUUGUGGGGUGCGCGGGACUCAAGCCAACAGUGGCGGCCAUAGAGGCGGGCAAGGACAUCGCUCUGGCGAACAAGGAGACGCUCAUCGCAGGCGGGCCGUACGUGCUGCCCCUCGCCAAGAAGCACGGCUGCCACAUCCUGCCCGCUGACUCGGAGCACUCCGCCAUCUUCCAGUGCAUCCAAGGUCUGCCAGACGGUGGUCUGCGCCGGAUCAUCCUCACUGCCUCUGGUGGCGCCUUCAGGGACUGGCCGGUGGAGAAGCUGAAGGAGGUGACCCCAGCAGACGCGUUGAAGCACCCCAACUGGAGCAUGGGCAGGAAAAUUACUGUCGACUCCGCCACGCUCAUGAACAAGGGCCUGGAGGUGAUAGAGGCGCACUACCUGUUUGGCGCUGACUACGACAACAUUGACAUCGUGAUCCACCCUCAGAGCAUCAUUCACUCCAUGGUCGAGACUCAGGAUUCGUCGGUGUUGGCGCAGCUGGGGUGGCCGGACAUGCGUCUGCCCAUCCUCUACACACUUUCAUGGCCUGACCGUGUCCCCACCUCUGAAGUCACAUGGCCUCGCCUCGACUUCAUCAAGAUGGGAGACUUGACAUUCAGGGAGCCCAACCGUGACAAGUACCCGUCCAUGGACCUCUCCUAUGCAGCAGGGCGGGCGGGCGGCACCAUGACAGGCGUGCUCAGCGCCGCCAACGAGCAGGCUGUGGAGAUGUUCCUUGAUGACAAGAUCCACUACCUGGACAUCUGUCGGGUGAUCGAGGGCACAUGUGACCGCCACCGCAACGACCUCGUGCUCGCCCCGUCACUGGAGGACAUUGUUCACUUUGACCAAUGGGCUCGCGUCUACGCUGCUGAGCAGCAGCCCCCCCCUCCCAAUCCCCCUGCUCAUUCGCUCUUCCCCUGCUGCUUCGCACUUCUCACCUCCUCCCCCGUCGCGUGCCGUCGCCCGCCAGGUCCGGAGCGUCGCGUGGGCGGUCGCCUGCCGUAUGGCUCGUCGCACGCCGCCAUGUCGUACGGCGCUCCGUUCGUUGCCACCUCCGCGCCCAAGCCGGAGCACGCUGCGCGCCAAUCGCCAUCCGCGGAACGAUCGCGCGGCGGCGGACUCAGGCGCCCGUCGCGGCGGGCGCGGAUGGCGGGGGGAAGGGCGCCGCAGGGGGGCGGGUUGCUAUGCGGGUGCUGCGCGUGGCUCGGCGCGCUGUGCGCGCGACUGCGGCCGUCGCGGAAGGCGAACUGGCCGUACGCGUUAGUGAGUGUUGUGUUUGUGGCGCUGGUGGCAUCGGAGCAGAUCGCCCCGCUGCUGCCCUCCACUGCUCGCGCACGGGGGGAGGCGCGCGCAGGGGGAGGCGCGGAGGAGGAGGCGGUGAGCGGACCGCUGACGCGAAUAGUGAGGUAA